UGGGGUGAAGUUAGAGGAGUUACAGAUAAAGAGAUAGCAGCAGAGAGAGAGGGACUGGGAACAUAAAUAAAGUCUGUGUUAAAUUGGGAAAGAGACCAGAGUACAUAGAGAAAGUGUGUGUGUUUUAGGAAGAGGUUUCUAUAACUUUUUGGAUUUAUUUUCUCCAUGAAUGUGAUUUCUUUUUAACAGAUAUUUUUUUGCUUUCUGGUUUUUCUUAUUUUAUCUUCUGAGUGCAUCCUCACCUGAAAAUUUACAUUUUUAUAGAGAGUGUGUGUGAGAGUGUGUUUUUUGUGUGGAUGUGUGUGAUAUAGCAUUGUAAGUCAUGGAACUGGAGCGUUUAGGUGGCGGCGGGGUUAAACCCGAGAGGGGCAACAGUCGUCUCUACAGGAUAGCACUGGCCAUGUGUGUGUGUCUCUGUGCCGCUCUGCUGCUUGCCCUCAUACUGGUGUCUCAGAAAUCUAGUCAGGAGGAGUUCUGUCUGACCCAAGAAUGCAUCGAAGCAGCGGGGUCUGUUCUGAGUAAAAUGGACCGGUCCGUUAACCCCUGUGAGGACUUUUAUAGUUUCUCCUGUGGCGGUUGGUUAAAGGAGAACCCGAUCCCUGAAGACUCCUCCUCGUAUGGCAUCUACCCCUGGCUGCGACAGCAUGUAGACAUCCGACUCAAAGAGUUACUAGAAGCUCCUUCAGACACUGAUGAACUGGAAGCAGUGACCAAGGCUAAGAUCCUAUACCGCUCCUGCAUGAAUGAAACUAUACUGGAGGAGGUGGACACCAAACCGAUGCUAAAAACACUGAAACAGCGGGAGUUCCGCUGGCCAGUUGUGGGGGAUGGGCUCGGCGGGGCGUACCAGUGGUCGGCGGGGGAGUGGAGCCUCCUGAAGACUCUGGCAGAGAUGAGGAACCAGCACAGUAAGAGUGCCCUGAUUCGCCUGUACGUCUCCCCCGACGACAAAAACUCCUUACACUACAUCAUUAAGCUCGAUCAGGCGUCCUUGUCUCUGCCCUCCAGGGAAGACUACAUCACCAACACUUCCUCUGCCCAGGCGUGUCGUGCAGCCUUGCUGAGCCUGAUGGUGGAUACAGCCGUCAUGCUGGGCGCUCCAGAGAAAGCGGCACUGACCCAGAUGGAAGAGGCUCUUGCCUUUGAGACCCAACUGGCUCAUAUCUUGAUUCCCUACGAAAACCGCACCAGUGAGAACAUGUACAACAAAUUCUCACUCUCUCGUCUGCAGCGUUCCAUACCACAGUUUGAUUGGCUGGGUUUUGUAAAAGCUGUGGUGGAGUCCAAAGUCGAGCCGGUUCGGUCCAUCUCCUCCUCUGAGCCCGUCAUCGUCCGAGCGCCACAGUACUUCAAGGAACUUUUCAAGCUCAUUAACACCACAGACCCCAGGACUGUAGCUAACUACGUACAGUGGCGGACAGUUUUUUCCAGGAUCACCACUCUGAGCCGUCGUUUCCUUUACAGAUACCUGGACUAUGCUCGGGUAACCACGGGAACCACCUCUCUGACCCCGCGCUGGGAUAAGUGUGUAAACUAUGUAGAGAACUCGCUGGUUUAUGCCACCGGGCGUCUCUUUGUCGACACACACUUCCAGGAGGACAAGAAACACAUGAUGGAGGAGCUGAUCGAGGGCGUUCGCUGGGCGUUCAUCGACAUUUUGCAGAAGGAGAACGACUGGAUGGAUCAACCAACAAAGGAGAGAGCCAUCGAGAAGGCUCAUGCAGUCCUGGCUAAAGUUGGCUACCCCGAGUUUAUUCUGAACGACACCUACCUCAAUGAAGAUUUAAAGCAGCUAGUUUUCAGUGAGAACGACUACUACGGGAAUGUGAUGCAGACGUUGAAGUUCAUCGCCCAGUCGGACAUCACAUGGCUCCGAAAGAGCGUCCCACGUACAGAAUGGUUUACAAACCCAACUACUGUGAACGCUUUCUACAGUUCCUCCACGAAUCAAAUCAGAUUUCCAGCUGGAGAGCUUCAAAAACCCUUCUUUUGGGGAAAAGAGUAUCCAAGGUCUUUAAGUUAUGGCGCCAUUGGGGUGAUAGUAGGACAUGAGUUAACACACGGCUUUGACAAUAACGGUCGCAAGUAUGACAAAAAUGGCAACCUCGACUCGUGGUGGACAAACUCGUCUGUAACAGCCUUCAAUGAGAAGACCCAGUGUAUGAUUGACCAGUAUAAUGGCUACUACUGGGAGGAGGCUGGCUUAAACGUGCGGGGCAAGAGGACACUGGCAGAAAAUAUAGCCGACAAUGGAGGAAUAAGAGAGUCUUUCAGGGCAUACAGGCGCUGGGUAGCCGAGAACAGAGGUGGUGUGGAGGAGCCUCGGCUUCCUGGUGUCGGACUGAACAACAAUCAACUGUUCUUCCUGAGCUAUGCACAUGUGAGAUGUAACUCAUACAGACCAGAAGCAGCUAGAGACCAGAUCCAGAGUGGAGCCCACAGUCCACCAAAAUACAGAGUUAUCGGCGCAAUGAGCAACUAUGAAGAGUUUCGGAAAGUGUUCAGCUGCCCUGACUCAGUUAUGAACCGAGGUGCACAGUCCUGCCGGGUGUGGUGACCUUUGACCUCGGCCAAGAUCCGGAACCAGGCCAGAGCUGUCAGCGUCUGUUUCAAAGGCUGGUAAUGCUGGGCUUAGCCAACUUAGUUUACAUGAUGUGGGAACAAUGCAAAAAUGAAGCAGAGUUCUUCUCACAGAAAGAAUACACUUGUUUUACGAUAAUAGUGGCAAAUGUUGUAGACUGAAGCCAUUUUCAAUGGGCUACUGUAUCUUGAUACAGUUACUGCAUAUGCUGCACUUACUGAAUAAAUCAUGACUGAAGCCAUUUGUUAAGGACCAUACUUUAUGGAUUAUAGAAAUGUUGGAAAAAAGAGGUUGCCCAUAUUAUCUAUGUAUAUAUUUUUUUCACAACAGCCCUAUAUGUACUGUCUGAUUGAUGAAGCUAGAACCUUUCUUAAUGCAAUCAUUUAUAAAAUAUCUUAAAGUAACGACACAACAAAUACUUUUUUUUCUCAUAGAACCUAAAUGGUUAAUGUUACGGUAACUGUGGUAAGCAAAAAAUAUAUCAAGUCAAUAUUUGCAUAUGUUCAUUAGCAGCCAUGAAUUCCCAACAAUUCAAUUAUGUGUGAUCAUCAAUGGGAGCAAAACAUGCUAAAUAUAAUAGAAAUGACAUAAGUUAGAUACCUGCAGUCCAAUUUGAUCUCAUAUUAACUCUUAACUUUCCCUCAUUUUAGUUUUUUAUAAUUUGAAUGCAUUUAUCAUAUUUUUCGUGUGUGUGUGUGUGUGUGUGUGUGUGUGUGUGUGUGUGUGUGUGUGUGUGUGUGUGU